AUGGAUACCUACAGAAGAACAAUCAUUAUCAAAGAAGGCACAAUCACAGCAGGAUUCCCCUUUAAUGAAAACGUCAGCAAACUCAAAGACAACUUCAACAUUGCCUUUCGCCGCCUACAGGCACUCCUUCGAACUCUUCGAGGUAAUGCAAAAAAGCUUCAACUUUACAACACUACGAUCGAAGACUACACCAGGGAAGGAAUCAUUGAGGAAAGUAGCUCACAACCAACUGGAGUAACUUCAUUUUACCUUCCACAUAGACAUGUCUGGACACCUGGAAAGACAACCGAACUUCGAAUUGUCUUCGAUGCUUCAUCUCACGGAAGAAAAGAGCUGAGUCUCAAUGACGUCAUAUUUGAAGAACACGCCCUCACACCCCUAAUCCAUGAAGUUCUACUGCUGUUCCGCACGUACAAACAUGCAAUGGUGGCUGACAUCCAAAAGGCUUUUCUACAAAUACGUCUUCCCGAAAAUCAUCGAGAUGCAACGAGAUUUCUGUGGAUCAAGAACUUGGAUACACCACCCGAAGGCGAAAACGUCAAGUACUAUCGCUUCUGCGGAGUACCUUUUGGAGUAAAUGCAAGCCCAGCCAUAUUGAAUCAGUCUAUACUCAAGCACAUCGAAGAGGAGGAUACCCCAAUUGGAAAGGAACUAUCCAAAUCUCUGUAUGUCGACAAUGUGCUACUAGAAGGCAAUAAUCCGCAAGAACUAAUCGAGAAAUACACUUCUUCAAAACAAGUGUUCUCUUCCAUCGGCAUGAAUCUUCGCGACUACUUGUCAGAUUCUGCUGAAGUGAACGCACAAAUCAAGGACGUGGAUAGAGCAACAAACUGCGAACUCAAAGUGCUCGGAAUCAAGUGGAAAGCUGACGAUGACACCUUGAUCAUGGAAUGUGCAGACAAAGAGCUGGUCAAGAUCACCAAAAGAUCUGUACUCAGCCAGAUAAACGGAUUCUGCUUCGACCCACUCGGACUACUCACACCACUGAUGAUACCGGCAAAGAUAUUCCUACAGGAUAUACACAAGCUAAAGUUAGGAUGGGACACCAUUCUUCCUGAGGAGCAAAUUCAACGAUGGAAGGCCAUCCAGGGUGACAUCGUCGGAUUCAAGAAAGCCAUACCACGCACAGUGCUUAACAAGACUACCGAGGCCAAAUAUAUGCUUUCUAUAUUUGUUGACAGUUCCAAGCGAGCUUACGCUUGCUGUCUUUAUACGACUACAUCAGCGAAGAAUGCCGAAACAACCAUGUCAAAAUGCAGAAUAAACUUCACAGAAGUCAACCUCUUCAGCGACUCAACGAUCGCACUAUCAUGGAUAGCUAGCAGCAAAAAGCUUCCACCGAUUGUAACCACACUGGUUCAAAAAAUCAGCGUCGCCGCAGAAAGGAUCAGAGAAAUAGCCAAACUCAACUUCUUCCACGUCCCAACAGAAGAAAAUGCAGCGGAUUGCGCAACACGAGGAAUCAACAAGCAAGAAUUCACCGCUUGCAGAUGGUGGAAAAGACCAAGUUGGCUCAAUCACCCCAAUAAAGAAUGGCCAGUACGUCCCAUCAGUGACGUCAAAGACAGUGACGAUGACGAGUGCGAAAUGCUCACUCAUCAAACUACUGAAGAUCUUAGCAAAAGCAGUUCUGAUUGGCCAGUCGCUACGAUAAGCAGCUACCCCAAAUUGAAGCGAGUUGUGGCAUACUGCCUGCGUUUCAUCCGCAUGGCAAGCAAGAAUAGCCGCUUCAAAAUGGCAGAGGAAGAUCGAGGGACAUCACGAUUACCGAACGUAGCCGAGCUUAUUCUCGCUGAAAAACAUAUAGUCUUGCAAGAACAGCGGACCUACGGGACGGCUCUGGUCUCAAAAAACAAGCAGUUCAAAACUAUAUACGACAAAGAAGGAAUCCUACGAAGGCCAUUGACUCACAUAGGCGAAGACGACUCUUCUUGCCAAGUCUUGAGACCAGUGGACUUCAUCUAUAAGGACGUUCGGCUCGGGAGCACUCAACUCACACCCGCCGACGACGAUCAACAGGAUCCAGAUUACCGGAUAGGUUCAGAACUCUCAUCACAAAAGGAAGCCAAAACAGCUCUUUUGGAGACCGAGAAGAUAACGAAAAAGUUCUGGAGUAUUUGGAAACACGACUACCUCCUCGAACUUCGCGACCGCCACCAUGUCUUCAAGAAUGGAAAAACCACGAAUCGCAAACCAGAAGUUGGAGAUAUUGUGCUGCUUGACGAAGACUCUCAGUUGAACAGAGGAUACUGGCCAAUGGCAGUUAUAACACAACUAGUGCCUAGCAGAGACGGAGAAAUUCGAAGCGCGGUGCUGAGAACCGCAUCAGGAAGAGAGAUUCAAAGACCCCUCAAUCGCAUAGUUCCUUUGGAAAUUCGUUUAACAACGGAAAAAGAAGAGGAAAGACAGGAAACAACGCCACAAAAAGGAGGAAUAGUAGCCAAGGUGAAAAAAGCGCUCAGGAAGAAACCAACAGCAGCACCUGAACCUCGCAAGCAACCACAGAGAGCUGCAAAAAAGCCUGUAGAUUACUCAUCUUCUAACUCGUCCACCAUAAAGAGAAUCACUUCACCGAUCAGCAAGUCAGUGAUGAUAACAAUAUGCCUGGCAGCUCUUCUCCUCAUUGAUACGGCAUCCGCAAAUGUGCUAUCCUGCUCUGAACAUGGAGUGAAAGUCAACACGACUUCGGAAUCUGAGUCACAAUUAUGUCUCAAUUAUAAGGACUGUCUGCAAAUCUCGACGAAGAAAGGAAUGAACGAAGUAGCGCUUCCGCCGAAGUACCGCACAACAGAACAUCGAGUUCAAUGGCGCACCAUGAUCGGAGCAACACAGUACUCCGACACCACUAUCUGCCCACCUAGAGACAUUUGCGACAUGAUCAAAUGCACAGUUUGUGCAGACUUGCUUCGGAAUCCACACUGCGCCCCCAACACUGCGGUAGCAAUCACAGCAGUUUGCGCAUACCUUAUGAUGCUGCUCAUCUGGUUCAUUUGCUACACUGGACUUCAAGGAAAACGUCUUUUGUGCCGAACUAGCGAGAACGAGAUGCCAACGGAAAAUCCUGUUGCUCCUGCGAAUGAUCGACUUUCCGAGCUUCUAGGAAAACAAUCCCGAUCUCUACCAGUCCAAUCAAAGAUGAUCACGUUCGUGGCUAUUGCAACUUGUCUCGUCGCAGGAGUCAAUUCAUGCCAGUACACUCACACACUCACGUCAAGGAACACCAUUUGCAUGAGGAUCAAUAACACGCUCAACUGUCGCUACACUAUCGAAAACAGGAUAACCUUGAGUGAGCACCGACCUCAAGCUUGCUUCAGGAUUCAACAUGAUAACAAGACAGUUGGCAGCAUGGAGAUACAACUCCAACACGUCGUACUCCAGUGCAAUCCCGUAGUCUUGUUCUACACCAGAGAUGCCGAGAUAGUGACCGAGUCAGCAAAACGAUGCCAUUUCUCUGGAUCAUGCUCAUCCAACACAUGUGCUCACACUGGCCAGCGAUCCUACAUACCUGAACUUCACAACACCUACGAAUUUCCUGGAUACUCAAGGUGCACCUCGUCUUGUGGAAGCAUCGGAUGUGGUUGCCUUCUACCUCUACCUGGAUGCCUCUUCUCCCGCUCAUAUGGAAAACCGCGAAGUGAAACAAUUUACCAAGUGUUCCAUUGCCCGACUUGGGAUGAAUCGGCAAUCAUCAAAUACACUUACACAAGUGUUAAUGGACGAAGAGAAACGAAUAUCGCCACAAUCACCGCGCAGACUACUCACACUCAAAAGGACGCCAACCUAACACUGGAAUUCGUAACAACGCCAACGAUUCCGCUCCUGAGCUCGGUAUUUUUGCAAGCCGUCAACACCACUAAAGCGGAAACUGCCUUGGUCGACAACGACGACGUAUUUGCGCUCAGAUGCCCAACGAUGGAGAGCUCUCGAAACCUUUCGCUUUGCCAUGUAGAAGACACUUGCAAAUGUUACCCGACGGAUGACCAGGCUAACUGUAUCUGCAAGAACACGAACAUCUCGGAUCUGACCACAUCAUUGGACAGCAGACUGCCACUAUCUUCCUCAUUCUUACAUCUACAAGAAGCUCAUGGAAGAGUACUUGGAGUCAGCCACAAAUCCAUAGUCGACAUCACUAUCAGCACGACUGCGGAAUGGAAUACAGCAAGUGUUGUCAACAACGAAGACUGUGACAUCACAGCUUCACCCAUUCAAGGAUGCUACAACUGCAUAACCGGCGCACGACUUACCUUCUCUUGCCAUUCACCGCACCCAACAAUGGUGGAGAUACUGUGCACGCAGAAUACCUAUGCGGCCUUCUGCGAUCAAAACACAAUGCAGACAGUUGCUAUCCUUCAAGCGACCACCGCUAAAUAUGUCGACAAAUGUUCACUGAAAUGCGGAACGAAGAGCUACGUAUUCAACAUCUCUGGUAUCCUGGCAUACCACCCACACGAAAACGGAGUACUCUUCACGAAUGCUAGCGAGAAAGCUUCAUACGUCAACGUCUACAACUAUCCCGACAUUGGACACAUCAUCAGCGUCGCACUCUCGUCAUGGAAGAUGCUCGUCGUAGCUACCAUCGCAAUCGCAGCGGCGUUAGCCUUCACUAUUUUUUGUGUCCCAAAAAUUAUAAAAUUGUCAUUGAUGUGCGUGUAA